GCUCGUUUCUAGUUUUUAUCCGUAGAUUCUGCCGUCUAUUCCCGUUUAAAAUCUCUAUCUUUUAGUUUUUUUAAUUUUAAGUUUUUAUUCCGGAUGCCCCGAUGCCCGCCGUGGCCCGUGCCGCUGGUGUCAAUGGCCCGUCUGCUGACGCUGCUCGGCAGCAGCAGAGCAAUGGACGCAGCGUAUCCGCGUCCUCCCGGCCGCGUUUUGGCCCGGACCCGCAGCGCGAUGCUCCCGCGGUUGUUGAGACAGGGGAGUCGUUCGCCUGGACGCCGUCUGCGUCGUCCGCGCAGUCGGCCAGCAGGAUCGCUGAACUGCGGCGCUCGCUGUUCAUUCCCUGUCUGCCGGACGAGAUCGAGCUGAACGAGUUGGCCGCGCGUCUCACGCUGCUCGGGAAUAUUCAGGAGAUUAUCAUCAAGAGGAAUCAGCGGGCGGUGCGCUUCGGCAUCGUCGUCUUCGUGGAGGAGGAAUCGGCGUUCGACGCGCUGCAGGCCGGCCUCGUGGUGCAGGAGCAGCGCGUGGCCAUGGAGCCGCGCCGGUCGCCGGACGGCCACCCGCACCCGCCGCGGCUGCCCCGCGACACGCCCACGCCCCUCAUCGUGCAGCGCGCCCCCGGGGGCCGCGGCGUCCCUUUAUCUGUUUUGCCGGCGGGCGUGCCGGUCCUCAGCGAAGACGAGGCUUACGAGCACCACCGCACGGGACGGCCCCCGGGGGCGGUGGCCUUCCGCGCCCCCGUCCUCCACAGCUGGCUGGAGUUGGUGCAGAAGAGGCAGCUGGCUGUUCCCGUGGUGCCGCUGGCCGGGGAGGCCGUCAAGAGGAAGAAGGCGCUCCACCACAAAUUCUCCUUUCUCACCGAGACGGACGAUCCGUGCCAGCAAAUGCGCUUGUUGAUGGAGCGGUCGCAGUUGAGUGCGGAAGAGCGCGAUGCACGGGAGAACGUGCGCCGCCAGCUGGAAGCCACGUUCCGGCGCAUUUUCCGCCGGUGCACGGUGCGAUUAUACGGAUCCUCCGUCAACACGUUCGGCGUCCGCGGAUCCGACAUCGACAGCUUCCUCGAUCUGCACUUGGACGAGAUAACGGCCCCGCCCGCUGACUGUAAGCCCCGCGAGCAGCCGAUGAGCUAUUAUUUUUCCAACGUGACGCAGCUGUUCCAGUGCCCGUACGAGCCGUGGGAGCUGGCUGGGGAGUCGCCGAAAGACAUCCUGCGCUUGAUGGAGAAGCUGCUGCGCUACCUGGCCAAGAGCGAGAACUACGAGGACGUGCUGGCCAUUCCCGCGGCCCGCACGCCCAUCCUCAAGCUGCGCCAUCCCGCCGCCCACCUCAGCGUCGACGUCUCCUUCACCAGCAAGUUAGUGUUCGAGAACACGGGCCUGUUGAUUUUGUACAGCCACCUGGAGCCCCGACUGCGUCCGCUGGUGUUGACGCUGCGGCAGUGGGCGGACGCCAAGGAGCUGACGGGCAGCGAGGGUCUGACCAAGUACGCCCUGACGCUGCUCCUCGUCUUCUUCCUCCACACCCAGGAACCCCCCGUCCUCCCGCCGCCCGACGAGAUCCACCGCCAUGUCGUGAAUAAUCCCCGUCUGACGCGCUUCUUGGACGAGGAAGGCGGCUUCAGCUUCGAUCUGCCCGAGAGGAAAUUGGCCGACUUGGCCAAGGAGUUGCCGCCCUCGAGGAAUACGAAAACGGAAGCGGAAUUAUUGUUGGAUUUUUUCGAGUAUUACUCCACCUUCUCCUUCCCCACGACGGUGAUGCGGGGCUGGAGCGGCGAAGUGGUCCCGCUGAGCGAUUUCCGCGAUUCCCUGCCGCCCACGGGCGACCCCUUCAAACUGCGCUACGUGAACCUGCAGGACCCCUUCGAUCUCUCGCACAACGUCGCCAAGAGCGUCUCGCUGACCACCUUCGUGGCGCUGCAGCGCUGGCUCCAAGAGGAGGUGGCCGUCUUCCGCCGGCGCGCGCUGAACCUCCUCCCGCUGCUGGAAACCGACCGCGAAGACGUGGCGCCGCCGCCCGUCAUGCUGCAGCUCUCGGCCGUUCAGGCUGCGAUCCCUUUUGACCAAUGGGCGCCCCGCGUCCCGGAGCUGCUGCGCCGGAUGCUGGUCGAGUUCUUCAAGUGUGACUGCCCGCUGCCGGCGGUCGACGGUGACAUGGCCGGCGGCAGUGGCGAGACGCGGCGUUUCCGGCAGAUCGGGCGGAUCGUGGCGGAGUGGGAGUGCCGACUGCAGCAGCGCACCUGGCUGAACCGGCGCGCCUACCGCAAGGCCGUGCUGCAGAAGCGGCCGGGGACGCUGCUGGGUCUGGAGGAGCAGUGGCGGCUGGAGUGCCAGGUGGCCGAGCGAAUCGCCGCGACUGCCGGGCGGCCGGUGGACCUGCACUUCCGCCUCACGCUCCUCCACAACGCCGUCGAGACGGAGCGGCUCUGCGUCUUCCUCGCCGCCGAGGAGUCCUCAACGGAUCUCCAGAAUUUGUUUGAGUUUCUGCGGCGUUUCCUGCCGGAGCAUCUGCGCCGGUUCCUGCGUCUGGGGCACAGCGCGGAGCUGGAGAACGGGCGGGAUUCCGCGGAGCAUCCGCCGGAGGACGCCGCCGCAGCGGCACCGCGUGGACUGAACGGAUCGCACUGGCCGGAGGCCCGCAGCGGGGCUGAAGAGCGCCGUUAGCCGUUGUUGUUGUUGUUGUGUUUCCGGUUGUAUUUACUUGCCGUUGGCUGGGAAGCGGCGCCCGCCGCGCUGUGGAUGCACGGGAAUGGGUUGUUGAUUAAUGACUGUUGUCGAGGUGAAGUGUUAAUGUGUAGAUUCAGAGAUUGUUGAGUCUUCGUUUUUGUUACAGUGAUGCUGAUGUUCUGGCAUAUUCUGGCUCGGAUCGCCAGCGUACGGACGCUGUUGGGUUGUGCGCCGCAUUGGGCGAAUGAAAAUAUUAAUAAUGAAAAUGCAUUAAUACAGAAUAAAAUCGGGAAG